CGACCGCCCUACGCCAACCCCACCUUCCACAGGCAACCACAGAGACCUUCAGCCGGUCAGCAGAACAGGGAUUGCUUCUACUGUGCCCAGUACGGCAGAGCAGCCAGAACCUGUGGACACGAUCCAGCUCAAUCACUCAUUCUCCUCGAGGACGACCCAGUUAUCAUGGAGGUAAACAGUGUCGAAGUCUCCACAGCCCCACCCGUCGACCCCUCUUCAAUCGAAAAAAUAAUACCAGACAACAUUCCUAUAGCCGAUAGUCGGGCCCUCUACCACGCUUUGGUGCCGUUCAGCUCCGUUUUCACAUGGGCAGACCAGGCCAUCGGACGGACCAACAGCGUGGAGCACCGAAUAAACACCGGCACCGCCCCUCCGCAACACCUCCCGCCCCGACGAAUACCGUUUCACUUCAGGGCUGAACUGGAUAACUUGGUGGAGAACAUGCUCCAACAAGGUAUUAUACAACCAUCCUCUUCCUCAUGGGCAGCGCCGGCAACUCUGGUUAAGAAGAAAGAUAAUUCUCUGCGGCUCUGCGUCGACUACAGGCGACUGAAUUCAGUCACCGUCAGAGACUCCUUUCCCCUUCCCCGCAUGGACGAUCUCCUAGCAUCUAUGUCCGGGAAUAAAUUCUUCACAACCCUCGAUCUGUCUUCAAGCUAUUGGCAGAUUGAAGUACACCCGGAAGAUCGAGCCAAGACCGCCUCUACCCUACAAUCAGGACUAUUUGAGUUCAACACGUUACCCAUGGGUUUGGCUAACGCGGCAGCGACAUGCCAACGGCUUAUGCAGAAAAUAUUGCAAAACAUAUACCUAUCUAACUGCCUCGUGUACUUGGACGACGUAAUCGUGUGGGGAGCCACCGUUCUAGAACUCCUCAACACCUUGUCAGGGGUGCUGACGAGAUAUCAAGACGAAGGUUUGACACUAAAUCCAAGAAAACGCAAAUUUCUUCAGACAGAAAUUCAAUUCCUCUGCCACAUCAUUGACAGCCAGAGCCUCAGGACUGACCCCGAUAAAGUCCAGGUCGUUACAGAUUGGCUAAAACCACCCAACGGAAACGAGGUCCGCUCAUUCCUCGGCCCGGCAGGCUACUAA